GAUCGUGAUUGGUAUGGAAAAACUUUCUUCUUUUUGUCUGCUACCUUAUCUGAUUCAUAUAUUAUCAGCUGCCUGUUAGCAUUCAUCAGUAUCAAGUCCAGCUAAACAUGUCAAACUUUGUGCAGGAUUUUGGAGAAGAUGAACAUCACAGCACUGUCGUCUCGCAGUCGUCUAACGAGAGUCCGAAUCCUCUUGAACAUCCUAUCCCCACAAAUCCUGAUGCGGAAGUGGUAGCCCUGUCGCCGAGGACUCUAAUGGCAACUAACAGGUACUUAUGUGAAGUCUGUCAUAAAGGAUUUCAACGAGACCAGAACCUUCAGCUGCAUAGGAGGGGACAUAACUUGCCUUGGAAGCUAAAGCAAAGAACAAAUACUGAGGUGAUGAAGAAAAGGGUUUAUGUAUGUCCUGAGCCAAAUUAUGUUCAUCAUCAUCCGAGCCGUGCUCUAGGCGACUUGACCGGCAUUAAGAAGCAUUUCUGUAGGAAGCAUGGAGAGAAGAAAUGGAAGUGUGAUAAGUGCUCUAAACGAUAUGCUGUUCAAUCAGACUGGAAGGCACACUCGAAGAUCUGCGGUUCCCGUGAAUAUCAUUGCGAUUGUGGCACGAUUUUUUCGAGGAAGGACAGCUUCGUCACACAUAGAGCCUUCUGCGAUGCACUAACGGAGGAAACUUACAAGGUGAACCGUAACUAUGCUACCACAGGAGGAAUUUCGCCACAAGAGACGAUGCCUAGUUCCGAUUCAUGUUCCAAUGCCAACACAAAGACGAACCUGUCGAUUUCGAACGAGAAAAUGAACAUGUCCAACAACAAUUUAAAUCAAACGUUCAAUCCAGGAACAUCCCUGUCUUCUACUUUUGCAAUAGGGUCUGCUUAUACAUCCGCGACGGCCUUGUUACAGAAAGCUGCAGAAAUGGGUGCUAAGAUCAGUGAUACUACAAUCGCCCCGGUACUAUUCCGAGGUUUUACCGGAUAUUCUACCAGUACCAUCAUCUCAACCGUGAUGGUCCAAGACGGUUCUUCCAUGGUUGGUAGUCACAUAGAAACGAAUGGUGCCAGCACCAAUGUCCUGUGUCUGGGAGAAGAAACAUAUAACAAAAGAUCUCACAAUACUCUUGCUCCGACCGCCUUGUUCCAUACUCAUUUUCUACAGGCAGAGAAUGGAAAAUCUGCGAAUCUGUUGGGAGAAAUGUACAUGGAAGGCGGCGAAAAAACGACGGUCAAUUUCUUAGGUGUGGAGCCAACAGGGGAUCAGAAUGUGGAUACAGAAAGAAGGUAUGACGGAAACGUAAUGAACUUAGGGUACUCCAAUGAGCAGCAACAGCUAAAUCUGAACAAUUUGCAUGCAAACUGGUAA